CGGCCGAGGAUGGCAGCGCCGUAGUCGGAGCCGUCGUCGGAGCCCGCCGGCACCAUGCAGCGAGCCCGCACCCGCGCCCUGCUCUGCCUCGCUCUGGCCGCGCUGCUCGGCCCGCCCGCCCAGGCGUGGUACAAGCAGGCGGCCGGACCCAGCGCCUACUCGGUGGGCAGAGCCUCGGGACUCCUGUCCGGGAUCCGCCGCGCGCCCCACGUCCGCCGCGCCGAGAGCUGGACAGACAGCGCCGAGCGCCGCGCCGCGCCGCUGCCCCCCGAGCCGCCGGGCCACGCGCUCCGGAGCACGGUUCUGUGUGUGAAGGACCUUGCCCUGGAGCUGCCCAACUGCCAGCUGCUGUCCGGAGCCCCCAGCACCAUCCAGUGCAAGGCUGAUGUCACCAUCUCCCUGGACCCCUCAGACUGCAACAGCACCUAAUCCCCCCACCAUGGGGGAGCAGCACCCUAUCAUCUGCAUCUGACAAUAAAAGGCACCUUUAAACCAUC